CCAAGGACGCGCGCGCCUCCCGCUUCCGGCCACGAGAGGCGUGCCCAGGACCCUGAAGGGGAAUCUGGCUUCGCGCGGCACCACCAGACCCGGACUCGGAGCCACAAGCUCCCGGAGAUGAGCGGCGAUGACUCCGCCCUUAUGGCUGGGAUCAUUUACUAUAGCCAGGAAAAGUACUUCCGCCAUGUGCAGCAGGCUGCGGCCAUGGGCCUGGAGAAAUUCAGCAAUGACCCCGUGCUGCAGUUCUUUAAAGCCUAUGGAGUCCUCAGGGAAGAGCGCCUCCAGGAUGCCAUCAACAAACUGGAGAGCAUCCGGAAUCACCCAGACGUGUCCCUGUGCUCCAUCAUGGCCCUCAUUUAUGCUCACAAGUGCUGUGAAACCAUCGACCGAGAAGCGAUUCAGGAGCUGGACAGCAGCCUGAAGGAAAUCCGCAAGACAGCCAGUGGGACCGCCCUGUACUAUGGUGGCCUCUUCCUCUGGCUCAUGGGCCACCAUGACAAGGCCAAGGAGUACAUUGACCGCAUGCUGAAGGUCUCCAACAGCUCCAGAGAGGGCUAUGUGCUCAGAGGCUGGGUGGACCUCACGUCAGACAAGCCCCACACUGUGAAGAAAUCCAUCAAGUACCUGGAACAAGGAAUUCAGGCCACCAAAGAUGUGCUGGGGCUGAUGGGAAAGGCAACCUACUUCAUGAUGCAGCAGAACUACUCAGGGGCCCUGGAGCUGGUGAACCAGAUCACCGUCGCCUCGGGAAGCUUCCUGCCUGCCCUGGUCCUGAAGAUGCGGCUGUUCUUGGCUCGGCAGGACUGGGAGCAGACGGUAGAAAUAGGACACAGAAUCCUAGAAAAAGAUGAAAGCAAUAUUGAUGCCUGCCAAAUGCUAGCUGUGCAUGAGCUUGCAAGAGAAGGAAACAUGGGCACAGCUACCGAUUACGUUAGAAAUCUGAUUACGGCACUAGAGACAAGAGAACCCCAAAAUCCAAGCCUCCAUCUUAAAAAGAUUCUUGUGAUUAGCAGACUGUGUGGGAGGCACCAGGUGAUUCUACGGCUAGUGUGUAGCUUCAUUGAACGCAUCUUCAUGGCCACACCCUCCUAUACCCAUGUGGCCACAGAGCUGGGCUAUCUCUUCAUCCUGCAGGACCAAGUGAAGGAGGCAUCCCUAUGGUACUCGGAGGCGAUGAAACGGGACGAGAGCAGUAUGGCUGCCUUGACAGGGAUCAUCUGGUGCCAGAUCUUAGACGGCCACCUGGAGGAGGCUGAGCACCAGCUGGAAUUCCUGGAGGAGGUGCAGCAGUCCCUUGGGAAGUCUGAGGUGCUGGUUUUCCUCCAAGCCCUUCUGGCGUCCAAGAAGCACAAGGGGGAGCAGGAGGCCACAGCGCUCCUGAAGGAGGCAGCGGAGCUGCACUUCUCCAACAUGCAGGGCCUCCCCCUGAGCUCCGAGUACUUUGAAAAGCUGGACCCCCUCUUCCUGAUCUGCAUCGCCAAGGAGUACUUGUUCUUCUGCCCCAAGCAGCCCCGGUCGCCAGGCCAGAUCGUGUCACCACUUCUUAAACAAGUCGCUGUGAUCUUGAAUCCUGUAGUCAAAGCAGCACCAGCUCUGAUCGACCCCCUGUAUGUGAUGGCUCAGGUCAAGUAUCUCUCAGGAGAGUUAGAGAAUGCCCAGAGCACCCUGCAGCGUUGCCUGGAGCUGGACCCCACCUCCGUGGACGCUCACCUUCUCAUGUCCCAGAUCUACCUGGCUCAGGGCAACUUUGCCAUGUGCUCCCACUGCUUAGAGCUGGGUGUCAGCCACAACUUCCAGGUCCGAGACCACCCCCUCUACCACUUCAUCAAGGCCAGGGCCCUCAACAAGUCUGGGGACUAUCCAGAAGCUAUAAAGGCAUUGAAAAUGAUCAUAAAAUUGCCAACUGUGAAGAUGGAAGAAGGCAAGAAGUUCAGGGGGCCCUCUGUGCGACCCAGCGAACGGGUAUCCAUCUUACUGGAGCUGGUGGAUGCCCUCCGGAUGAAUGGGGAGCUGCAUGAGGCCACCAAGGUCAUGCAGGAUGCCAUCAACGAGUUCAGUGGCACGCCAGAGGAGAUCCACAUCACUAUCGCCAACGUGGACUUGGCCCUGAGCAAAGGGAAUGUGGACAUGGCGCUGAGCAUGCUGAGGAACAUCACGCCCAAGCAGCCCUGCUACACAGAAGCCAAGGAGAAGAUGGCCAGCAUCUACCUGCAGACCCGCAAAGACAUCAGCCUCUACAUAGGAUGCUACAGGGAGCUCUGUGAACAUCUGCCUGGCCCCCACACCAGCCUGCUACUGGGUGAUGCUUUCAUGAACAUUCAGGAGCCCGAGAAGGCCCUGGAGGUCUAUGACGAGGCCUAUCGAAAGAACCCACACGACGCCUCCCUGGUCAGCAGGAUUGGGCAAGCCUAUGUGAAGACCCACCAGUACACCAAGGCAAUUAAUUAUUAUGAGGCUGCGCAGAAGAUUAGCGGACAGGACUUUCUGUGCUGCGAUCUGGCUGAACUGCUUCUGAAGUUAAAGAAGUUCAACAAAGCAGAAAAAGUUUUGAAGCAGGCCCUGGAACAUGACUUUGUCAAAGACAUCCCAUCCAUGAUGGAUGAUGUCAAGUGCCUACUUUUGCUGGCAAAAGUUUACAAGACCCAUAAAAAAGAAGAUGUGUUGGCAACUUUGAACAAGGCCAUGGACCUUCAGUCUCGGAUACUGAAGCGUGUUCCACUGGAGCAACCUGAAAUGAUCCCCUCUCAGAAGCAACUGGCGGCCUCCAUCUGCGUCCAGUUUGGGGAGCACUACCUGGCAGAGAAGGAGUAUGCCAAGGCUGUGCGAUCUUAUAAGGAUGCCCUCUCCUACUCACCUAUUGACAAUAAGGUGGUGCUGGAGCUGGCGCAGCUCUACCUGCUCCAGGGGCACCUGGACUUGUGCGAGCAGCACUGUGCUAUCCUCCUGCAGACUGAGAAGAGCCACGAGACUGCCUCCGUGAUGAUGGCUGACCUGAUGUUUAGAAAACAGAAAUACGAAGCCGCCAUCAAUCUCUACCACCAAGUCCUGGAGAAAGCGCCAGACAAUUUUCUCAUAUUGAAUAAACUAAUUGAUCUGCUACGAAGAAGUGGCAAACUUGAAGAUGCCCCUGCCUUCUUUGAAUUGGCCAAGAAGAUGUCCAGUCGUGUGCCUUUGGAGCCAGGAUUCAACUACUGCAGAGGCAUCUACUCCUGGCACAUAGGGCAGCCCAACGAAGCCCUGAAGUUCCUAAACAAAGCGCGCAAGGACAGCAUUUGGGGCCAGAGCGCCACAUACUAUAUGGUGCAGAUCUGUCUGAACCCAGACAGCGAGAUCGUGGGCGGAGAGGCUUUCGAGAACCUGGUGGCUGAGAGCAACUCCCCCGACAGGAGGGAGUCGGAUCAGCACGGCGUGCGCACCGCCGAGAAGCUGCUGCGCGAGUUCUACCCGCACUCGGCCUGGGGCCAGACCCAGCUGCGGCUGCUGAAGAGCCUCUGCCUGCUGGCCACCAGGGAGAAGGCCAACGUGGAGGCGGCGCUGGGCACCUUCAUCGAGAUGGCGCAGGCCGAGAAGGACAGUGUCCCCGCCCUGCUGGCCAUGGCGCAGGCCUACGCGCUGCUGAAGCAGGUCCCCAAGGCGCGCACGCAGUUGAAGCGCCUGGCCAAGGCCCCGUGGGCGCUGGCCGAGGCUGAGGACCUGGAGAAGAGCUGGCUCCUGCUGGCCGACAUCUACUGCCAGGGCGGCAAGUUCGACCUCGCCUCAGAGCUGCUGCGGCGCUGCGUGCAAUACAACAAGUCCUGCUGCAAGGCCUACGAGUACAUGGGCUUCAUCAUGGAGAAGGAGCAGUCCUACAAGGACGCAGCCACCAACUACGAGCUGGCCUGGAAGUACAGUCAUCAUGCCAGCCCUGCUAUUGGCUUCAAACUCGCUUUCAAUUACUUGAAGGAUAAGAGAUACGUGGAGGCCAUCGAAGUCUGCCACAAUGUCCUCAGGGAGUACCCCAACUACCCCAAAAUCAGAGAAGAAAUUUUGGAAAAGGCCCAAGGAUCUCUGAGACCCUAGCUGUGGUCAGUGGGAGCCAGGGUGGGUAGAAGCCAUCAACUUACAGAAGUUGCAUGGAGGGGGGUGGGAAGUGGGUCAGUGGCGAAGAGAUUCAGAAAAUGACAUAUUCUUCCUCAUUUCUAUGUUGUGUGUGGUUUAUUUGAAUCAUGCCUCAUCUGGUCUAAAGGGCAUCCCAAAGCUUUAUGUUUUUAAGGCACAAGGAGCAGUUUUGCUCUGAGGAAGAAAGACGUCAACCAGCUUAGCUUCGGCUGGGCUCACUGGGCACCUUCUAAUGGGCCCCACUUUUAUCCAAGACUGUGUGAGGGGGCAGAGGGGAACAAAGAGGUGGUUAAAAAAAUAGCCUACAGCUAUUUUAAUAUUGUUAUGUCAGCCCAUAAAUGCCUCCCCUCUCCUGUCUGGUCCCCAGAAUCCUAGAGCUAAAGAAGCAACUGCUCGUCCCUGCCAUGCUGCCUGCUGCAUGCUCCCUGGCAGUGGGCCCAGGCAGGAGGACCAGCUGUAGAAGGCUGAGGCUGUGUGAGAGAGGCCGUCAUCCUGCAGGUCCUAAGGGCCAGUGGCCCACUCUGUCCAUACGUCCUUUCUCCUCCUCCCCAAGUCUUGAGCAGGCCUCUGCUGGUCCUCACUGUUUUGGGACAAACCUGAUUACCCCAGCCUGGUGCAGGGAAAUACCUCCCAAGA